GUCGAAUUUUCAAAAUGGAUGCCAUGGAGCAGGUAAUUGCUCGAAGCAACAGGCAUUUUUUUCAACGUAAUUUUAGAAUCGUGACGCCUAAAUGAUAAUGUUGUGCGUGUUUUUUACUCCGCAGAAUAAUUACGAAGUUUUCAGACGAGACGUUCGUUGUUUUGCUGUCUCUAACGAGGUAAGCCAAACAGAAAUCUGACAGUUCGAAUGCAUAUUCUUUUAAGUGGUUGUUUGCCGGAAUGCUGUCAUGUUCAUCGAUGCUAAAAACACCUGAAAGAAGCUUUUUGCCAACAUUUUUAGUUGUUUGAUUAUUAAAUGUUCGGUGUAAAGUCAGUGUUUACUUCAGUAAGGAAAUCUAGCAGCAGAGUCUCAAUUAAUUUUCAACCUUCCGGGACUCAAUUUCGUGUAUUCCUAGAUCUCCCACUCGGGUUUGUUUUCACACGAUAUUUUGCUUUCAAGCUUAUAUUAUGUUUGAAAAAAGGAAAGUUUUGGUCUAAUAUGGGGUAGCAUCAUUUAUUGUCCUAAUUUGUGUAAAUUUUAUUAAAAGCCUCAGGGAAGUAGACGGAUUGUGAGAAGCGUGGAUGAUGAUGAUGAUGAUGAUGAUGAAUUGUUAGAUGAUGAGAAUUUGGAAGCUUUACGACUUGCUGCAUUGAGGACCAUGCGAUCAAAAGUAAGAAAUAUCUAAGUACAAGUCGAUUGUUAGGGUAUAGAAUAGUGUAAUCCAGCUGUUUAAGACCUUGGAGCAAAUAUUUGAUCCUCAGAAACAUAAUGUGAAUCAUACUACUACAUGAGAAAUUUCUGCAAUUUGAUUGGCUUAGAGCAGUGGUAUUUCAGCUUAAUUUGAAAUACCUACAUGUGAAAAUUACAAAACCUUUGUGGGUAGUAGUAUAAACAAAUAAUAGCAUAAUUUGUAUGUGAUAUUUGUCAUAAAUACCACUCGUGAUAUUUCAAAAUUCUCUCAAGUUUCACUCGCCUAACGGCUCGUGAAAUUACGUAUAACAAUUUCGAAGUAUCGUUCGUGGUAUUUAUGCCAAAUAUCACUACAAAUCCUGCUAUUACCUAUACUAAUGGUAUGUGAUGCACAGAUGCAAUCAAAAUCAAAAGGUAUUUCUUUUAGUUACUGAAAUAAUAGUGCCGGUAACAAUUCUUUGUUGCAUGCAACUUUCAAAUGAACACUGCUCUCAAAUAAGCUCUGCAUUUGAGGUAUGAGAAAUUUGAUAAGUGAAGUAAUAAGUAAUUUAACCCUUUAAGCCCUAAGAGUGAUCAGCGCCAAAUUUCUCCUUGUAAUAUCAAUGCUUUAUAAAACACAGUGGUCAUGAGAAUUGAGGGCCUGAUCACACAAGAUGAAUCUAAUUGAUACUUCAACAAAUUCUGCCCACUGCUUCUAUUGAAAACAUAUAGGGACAACAAAUGAGAAUUUGAAUUUUGAUAUUAGGGUUGAAAGGGUUAAUACGGACACUUUGCACGAAAUACAUCUGCGCCUCAGCGACAGAAAUAAAUUACAAACUGAUGAUUUAAAAUCUGUCCAGAAUCUAGUCAGGAGUUCUGAUUGGUUGAGGUAGUAGUUAUUGUUUUAGUUAUUUUUUAAGAAUGUCAGACAAAAGGUCACAAAGGUCAAAUGUAAAUGGAAUGAAUCAACUACAAAAGAGUCAAUAUUCAUGGAACAGAAUCUUUUCUAGAGAAGCUUUUAAGAUUUGCUGGAACUCAUUCAUAGAAGAAAACAAAACUUUACCAUAAUCGACCAGGAGAAACAUAAAAUUGGACAAAUUUCUAUUUGAAACCCCAUGACUACUGGAUUAAUUAUGUAAACAUUGUUUUACGUCAUCAGUAUGGAAUUUCUGUCUCUGAGGCACAGACAUCUUUUCCAUGAAAUGUUUUGCAGGCUACAGUUUAUUAUUGUUGAUCUUUCCUCUAGACCUCUUUUGUGCAAGGGGAAUUUAAUGCAACAGAUGUGGGUGACACAAGGCAUGUAAGUCUUGGACGAGAAGACAAAGCUGAAUUGCAAAUUGUUGCCCUUGAGAGGCAAGACAGCUUAUCAUCUUCAAGUACAGAUUAUGAGGAAAUUGACUUGAAUACUCCACCUCCUGCUGUUCUUAAUGAGGAUAAGAGGACAUUUCCUGAUUCAGAGGAUAAUGACAGUGAAUUUGAUCAGGAUGAUUCAGAUAGUGAGGAAAAGUAUGUUAGUGAUUCUCAUAAGGAAGAGGAAGACAUGUCGGAAGCAGCAUUUGGAUAUGAAGAAGAAGAUAAAGAUAUGAGAGAAGAUUCAUUAGAGGGCUAUAAGGACAGUGAUGAUGAUGCCAAAGACAGUGAGAAUUCUGAUAAUGAUGAAGGUAACAGUGAUGCUGAAGACCACAUUUCUGAUGAUGUUGACAAUACUGGCACCAAUGAUGUUUUGAGUGAUGAUGAGAGUUUUCAAAAUGAAAAUGAUCAAUAUGAGGAAGAGAAUGUAGAACAUGAAAGUGAUGAAGAUAUCUUUGAAAAUACGGAGAGAAAUUCUGCUAAUGGUGUAGAAGUAGCAGACGAUGAGGAACAUGAUUCAGAUAAUGAAGUCAACAUUUUAAAUGACAUCAGUAUCACCAUUGCCAACGAGAGCUUACCAGCAAACUCCUCUGAAGAAAUCUUGGAUGGUUCUGAACAGGAAAAUGAUUUAAGAAUUUUUCAUGAAAGUAAUGGAGAACUGAUAAAUGUUGCAAAGAUAUUAUCUCCACAGCGCAUCAUUAUUAGACAGUCAGAAAGUGAAGAUGAAAUUGAAAGUAACAUUAAAGAUGAAUUGAACAAGCAUAAAGAACAACAGGCAACUACGAAUGAAAAUGAAAAACCUGUUCCUGCUACAGCAGAAACUAGCCAGUCAGUUUUAUCAUCUGGCAAUGUAGAUUCAUCAUCUUCUAAAAUAACUUUAUCAUCUACUAAGGUAGAUCUAUCAUCAAAGGAAACGCAAGACAUUGCUGUUCAGAAAGUUAAAAAAGCUUCUGAUUUAAAUGUCGAGUGCUCACCUAUUGAUGUGAAAAGAAACUCAAAACCUUCACCUGUGGAGAAACCUAAAGUAAAAUCUACGUUAAUAUCAACAUCUAACAAAGAAAUCAAACAGAAAAAGUUGCCACUGGAAAAUACAGGAAACAAAGCAAAGGAACCAGUGAAUGAAAAUCAAAAAAUACAGAGGGCGGAUAAGAAUACUUCAGGCAAAUCUGAUGGUAAUAAGAACAAAAUCACUGUUGAUAGUAAAACAGAAAGAUUAGAAUUCAAUGUAAAGAAUGACGAUAAGGAUGAGAUGGAUUUUGACCAGUUGAGUAUUGAAGAUGAAGACAGUGAUUUUGUUGAAGAAGAAGAGAAUCUACCAACUGUUAAAUCUAAGGUGGGUUUAAAUAAAAUACCAUCGGAAGGCUCCAGAACUAAAAGGAGUUUGUCCAGAGAAAACAACAGAAAAAGGAGACGAUCUUAUUCCCCAGAAAGAUCUAGGUUUUCAUCACGUUCAUAUCAAAGUCAUUCACUUUCACAUGACAGACUGCGUGAUCAGCGCUUACGUGGCAGAUCUAGGGAAAGAUUUCGCCGGAGGUCACAGUCACCUUCACACAAAGACAGAGCAUACAGGAGAAAUUAUAACCGUCAUGAAAGAAGCCGGAGCAGGGAUAGAGCACUAAAAAGGAUUACUAGUGAUGUUGGUAAAAACAGAGAAAACAGACGUUAUCGUUCUCGUUCAAGGUCAGGUUCUAGACAGAAAAGUGGAAGAACCGUUGAUAAAGACUCAAAAACAGAUGGGAACAUGCAGAUCUCAAAGAACAGUGUAAGGGUCAGUGACAAAGGACGACAUAAAACUAAAAAGGAACAGGAUGCAAAGGUGACUGUAAAAUCACAAAGGAAAGAGAUUAUGGCUCAAAAAAAUGGUGACAGGGAAAAAACUGCAAAAUUGACAGAAUCAAAAUCCUUAAAGACUUUUCCGCCUGCAAAUGAUAGUGAUAAAAAGGUGUCAAAGCCUUCAGCUGUUAAAGCAGCAGAGGUCAAAAUCAAGCAGUCUAAAGGUGUGUAGAGAAAUAAUUUAUUUUAUUUUGUUUCACUUAGGCCCGGUUCAGACGCCGCUCCACUCAUGUGCCGAACCUAACUGAUGAAUUAAGUACGGCAAAAGAGUGGCAUCUGAAUCAAUUUGGUACGGCAGUUUUAGUUUGGUGCGGCAAAAGCGUUAAGUUCAACAGAGUCUGUCAAACUUUUGUUGAACUUAACUUAGGUUCGACACACGGUACGCCAUCUGAAUCAGAUGUUGCACCAGUGUUGCUCCAAAGUCGAACUUAUUCAGUUAGGUUUGGCACAUGAAAAGUACGGCCUCUGAACCAGGCCUUAUUCUUCUUAGGCUUUUUUUACCACUGGUCUACUUGCCCAGCACUUCAAGACUUCCAUCUGCCAGGGGUUUCAAUACCCUCUGCUUCACCUUCAUCAGGACCACUCACAAAAAUACAGUAGAACCCUGGUAACUCAAACUCUGAAGGGAAGCUAAAAACAGUUCAAUUUAGCAGGGAUUCGAGUUAGUGGGGCCAAUUGUAUAUUCAACAUUCCAUGUUAACAAUCAAUAGUUUACUGAUUUUUCAGUACUUCAGUAUACGGUACAGUGCAAGUUAUAUUUAUCUCAUCAGAAACUGUGAAGUGAUUAUGCAUUCCUAUUACAAUCACCCAGUAUACAUGUUCCUCAUAAGUUUGAGAAAUGACUGCCAAAUACAUCUGUAAUAAAUCUAUUCUUUGCAAUAAUUGAAAGAGAUUGCUUAGUGAAUGUUUUAGUGUUUUGACCAAUUACAAGACAAAAAGAGCUAAUGGAUUAGCAUCAGUGGUGAGUUGUAAGAGCCAGAAUCUAAGUUACGCGGGUAAACUUUGAUCAAGGUAAAUGAAAUUUGGUUCAAGUAAACGUUAAGGAAUUUGAGCGGUAUCACAGAGGUUCAAAUCCCAGCAAGCCAGAAUUGUUUCAGGCUUUCUUUUCGCACCUGCAUAAAUUGCAUGUUAAAUGGCAAUUAUGAUCUUCUUUGCAUAAAUAUAUACUAGUAUUAUAUCAGGCAUGUUUGGAAAUACAGCAGUGUGGCAAUCCUUAUUCAGGAGCUAAGUUACUGAAAUAUCUUAUGAAAAAAUGUCCAACACCUUAAGUAAACUCUUCAGUCAUCAUCCCUGUUAAUGGUGUCAUUUGUUAUUAAUUAAUUAAUUUAUUUAUUUAUCUUGCUAGAUCUGAGAUCUCGACUUAAGGUGAAAAAACUGGACCAAGAUGAAGAUGUUACCCAGAAAACUGCUCAAAAGAGCUCUGUCAAACUUGUCAGGGAAAAAGAACUUGAUGAGCGGAUUCAGAGAAUCAAGCAGCAAAAUGAGGUAAUCCUCAAAAGAGCUAAGGAGGUUCAAGCAGAAAAGUUAAAAUUCAGUUGACAUUCUCACAGUACAGUUAACUCUCUCUAAGGUGGACACCUUUGGGACCUUCACUAAGUGUCUGCCUUAAGGCCGAUUUAGACAGUACAAUUUUUGCUCACGACUUUCGUGCAUGACUAGCAUGCGUCAAGACUUUGAACCAUCCACACAUGUGCAAUUUUCCCUUACAACAUCCGCAAUGUGUCGUACGAAUGUCUUGGGUGUCAGUCAUGACCCAUGCUAGUCGCGCACGGUAGUCUUCAGCAAAAAUCGUACCGUCUGAAUCGGCCUUUGGAGAGAUGUCCAUCUCAUAGAGAGUCAACUUUUAAAAAGGAUUAAAGAAAGGCAGGGACCAACUCUGCCAUAGGUGUCCAUUUUAGCGGGGUGUCCGUUAAGAGAGAAUUGACUGCAAUAUUAUUAAUUUUUGUAUUACCUAGACAAUACUCUCUAUUUUUAAAUGUCUUGAAAAGGGAAGUAACUAUAGCUUUAGAGACAGACCAUUAUUUUUUUAGAGGGGGAAGAUGAAUUUUUUUGGAGUUACAAUGAUCUCUUUGUUAUUGUUGUCUAUCCAAACUAUUUUUUCCAAACUGUAUCAUUCUGCUAAUAAUAAACUAUUUUUCCUGUUCAGUCAGUGAUAUCAGUUGGUUAUCAAUGUAUAGCAGCACCUUAGUUACACAAGUGUUGUUGCAAGAUUGAUUUAAAAUGUGCAAAAGGUCUUACAGAAAAGAUACUAGUUAAAAAUUAAUCGUGGACCACUACAAGACUUUCAUCAAGGAAUUAUGACACAAAAAGUAUCUACAAACUGUCUUUUGUUCUACCCUCGAACAGAACUGUGUUUCAGCUAUUCUAAGGUGUGUUCAAGAAGAUGUUGGUUUUGUAACCUGAAAGAAGUUAUAACUGAACUGAAUGCGUUCUGGUCUGCAAUCUUUUUAUUUUCUUCUUUUACCUGUAAACAACAUAUCCAUUUUUGUUUACUUUUGCAAAAUAUAAUUUUUUUUCUUUCAAGAAUUUUCAUCCCCAUCCAACAACAACCAAAAAAAUGGUCUGUCCUUCAUCAUUCUUUGUAUUGUCAGGAAACACUCUUUACUUACUUCAGAUUGUCAUGAAGCUUGUCACAUACCUAGACUUGUGUUUUUCAGUCAACUUUCUUUAAAAGCUGACACCUUUCUGUCUCAUAGAGGUGUCUCUUAAGAAAGAGUCGACUGUAUUAGAAACAAAGAACUUGCUGUUAAAAAGCUGGCGGCAGUGGAUGACAUUCUGUUAUAUAUGUAUUUGUUUUUCCUUUGAAGAAAUACGGCCGUAAUUCAUUGUUUGUAGAAUGCUACUUCAUCAGUUUUGACUGUUGUGUUCCUUAAGGGCUUUACGUUAAGUAGAUGGUAAGAAAAUGCUAAGGCUGCAGAAUACCUAAUAUAAAGCCAGGUUAUCCAUAGCUCAAUAUUUUUUUAACCCAAAAUUUAUACCAAGUUUAAAUCCAAUUAGAAGAACAUGGUGACAUUCACUUAAAGUAGUGUCAAACCUAGUUUGUCCUUCCCUCUUACUAUUAAUGUAAAGAAAAAUCAGCUGCACUCUAUUUUGUUGCCCAUAAAGUCUAUGAGAAAGGAAGGCAGAAACCGGGUG